CCCCACCCCCCUCUCCUUUCCAAACCUCUCCGUUCACUCUCUCUCUGCAUCCAUCAAUCCUCACUUCCAAUUCAUUUAUAAGUUCGCUCGAUUCGAUUCUGCGAUUCCGAUUUUACGAACUUUUCUGAAGUUUUUUUUAAUGGAGAUUCCGGAAAUAAACAUGAUUAGUGAUUUUCAAGCAGGCAUGAAAUGUCUGCAAAACCCAUCUUUUCUUUCGGGUAUCGGAAAAGUGGCUCAAGCUCACAGUUUCUGGAAAUGGGGUGCUCUGGUUUUUGCAUUGGUCGCUGCUUUCACCGGCGUGAUCAACACAAUCAAGCUGUUGAUUGUUCGAUUCAGUAGAAUUGUUUUUAUUUCUUCUUCGGAGCCUCUUCUUCAGCACCUCAACGAAGACGGCUUCGACGACGACUUCAGCGACAUCGACUCGGUCUCGUCGGUCUCGUCCGACGACGGAGAAGAAGACGAAGACGAGUCCACGGCGUCGUUUGAGGAGGAGGAUCAACAGCCCGGCGAUGAAGAUUUCUCUGUCGCGGGUUCGAGCUCUUUUUGCGAUUCCCGGUGGCAAAACUGUAAUUUAAAGCUCCGGCGACGAUUCUCGUGGUCGGACUUCGCCGCCGGCAGGAGCGUUGUGAAGUUGUGGGACAGCUUUGGUUUGGGGUUAGAUCUUGAAGAUUGUUCUGGCAGUGCGAUUUCUGUUUGGGACUUGAACAAAGAUCGGAAAGUUGGCUCCUUUUUCGGCGGGAGAUCUCAGAUUCCUGCGUUCUCGGUGUUAUCGUCAUCCGCGAUCUUAUCGGCGGAGGUGAAUAACAGCAGCAAUGUGACAGUGGGGCUGUAUGACACGAGGGUCGGGCGUCAGAUUCCGACGGUAACCGCUGAGUGGAGGCAGCCGCAUGGGAAGGCCGUGGGUAUCAAUUCCGGCGGCGUCGAGAAGGUGUACGUCAGGGACGACGUCACCGGUGCGUUAACGGUUGGUGACAUGAGAAAUGUGAAGACGCCGUUAGAGAAUUUAACGGAAUCUGACGGAGAUAUCUGGUGGGAUGCUGACGGCGCUAUUGUCGCAAAUGAGUUCGCUGACAAUUCACGGUGAAUGGGUGUGAGUCACUUGACACGCUAUCUUUCACUCGGUGAAGUCUAUUGACUGUUAUCCGGUCUAGAUUCUAGAAGGGGGCAAAACAGUCCCAAAAAAGGUGUAUCAAAAUAAUUUUUAUUUUUAUUUUUGUAUGAAAUUAACAUUGUAAAUAUUUGUUGAUUAAUUGUAUGAUCAUUUAUAUUUAUUGCUUGUAUUGUAUUUCGGUUCGGAAAAUGAUAAGAUUACCAUCCAA